AUUCAAUCGAGUUUAGUUAGUUCGAAGACGAAGACUAUCGUUUGGUCUGAUGGUCGUCCAUAUCGAAGUAGUCGUCGUCGUCGUCGUCAUUACUAAUUCUUGCGCCUCCUUGGAUGGACUACAAAGGAAACUCUCGAGUGCCAUAAUAAAGCAAUAGAACCAGCGUCAAAGGAGAGGUUUGAAACCUCCGGGUGAUUGUGCAAGAAGUAGGAAAAGUCAGUGUACAGCGCAAGAGAAAACUUUCUAUGAACAGUGCAGAAGAAGGGGAAGAAGUGAACAAGGGAGAGAGACUAACAACACAGCGAGAAAAAGUAGAACGUAAACAAAAACAUAAAAACCAUAAUAACACAAAGAAAGGGUCUAAGCUCUUGUGUUUUUGUGCAUCUGCGGGAUAGAUAACAAACAAAAGAAACAACAAAUAGGAUCGUCAAACACGAGAGACGAGAGAACGAAACAACGUGGUGUGCGUGAGUUGGAGAAACGAAGCUUUGACGACGGUGCCAUCUAGUAGGCAGUGGGUGGCAUUAGUCCAUUUUUUUUUGUCAUCGCAGGUGGAGUUUUGACGUUUGGACACACCAAUACAUCCGAAUUGGAGCAAGGUCGUUUCGUUCCUGGAAAACAGAUAGUGAGCUCGUUUCAUAUGCAGUUUUUGGUGCGUGUGUGCGCGAGAUUGGAAUUGCAUCUCGUGAGUAGAACCAAUUUCAAACUCGGGAAGGAAGAAGAAGCGUCCAAUCAAAGCAGUGUGUAAAGUUACUACUAGUACAGUUACAUGCGCGUAUUCGUGCGUAACUUCUAUGGUGCAGUUGUUUGUGGAGUAAACACCAAUACCAUCGAACGCUGAUCAGCUGUGAAGUAGUAGAGUGUGUAUAUUUUUCUAGCUGCCAGGCCAGCAGUCAGUGUAGAUCGCAGUAACCGUGGACGUCGUUGUCGCAAUUUCUGUCAUCAGAAGCGUAGUAUUUUCAACACAGCGUUAGAAGCAGCCAGCGAAGGGAAAUAGGAGGAGUAAAAUCAGCAGCAGUUUAGCACAGCGAGCUGCAGUAGCAAACAACUCGCAAUAGAGAAAGUGACGGGACGGAUCGAGUAAAAGUAGCCUACUACGCGUAUUCACGACGGGGACUACGGUCUGGGAUUUCAUCUUCUUUUGCUGUUGAGCUUGAAUGUUAAAACGAACUCAAAAUUGCUUACGUUCGGGAGACGCACGGCUCUUCUGCAAGGUCCUCCUCGUCCUCAGAAGAAGACCUCAAUGAACGACGAGCAACGGUACCGAGCACGAGCAGCAGCACGAGCCACCAUCAUCCGCACCACAGCCAGCAGCAGCAGCAACAGCAGAAUCAACCAAGUCAGCGCCAGAAUCACCAAUCGCCUUCGAAGCGCCUGCGUCCCUCGACCUCAUCCGGGUCCCAUUCCUCGCCAUCGUCGUCUUCAUCCCCGUCAUCAUCCGCAGCAGUAAAUCCGCAACGUAGCCAGACCCAGUCGUUCGGUGCGAGGCCAGAUUCGGAAGUGGAUCACAAGGAGGACAAACUGAGCCGGCGGCAGCACCGACAUCGAGAGCACCGAGAAGACCAGGACAAGGAAAAAUCCAACCACCACCAACAGCAGCAGCGUAGAAAGUCCCAGCGGCGCCGGAAGCACUCCCUCACCCCCGAGGAGGAAGCGGGUAAACCGGGUCGAGCCGGAAAGUCCCUCCCAGGGGACGCCGACAGGGGAGAAGGGCUCGAGGACAAAGAGGAGGAGGAGGAAUCCUUUGCCAGUCCGCAGAGCAAAAGACGAAAAAUGUUGAACGACAACAACAAUCUGAACGGGACGAUGCCCACUGCCUCCCCGAUGGAUUCAUCGACCUCGUACGACAUGAAUGGCCACAACAACAACAACGGUCAACAGCAGGACGGCGGUGAGAUCAACAACGACGUUGUGGCCACCAACGGGGAAUCCUCCGCCCACCGAAAAGUGGUUAAGCUCGAUAAGACUAACCAGGAGAUUGUCCGGCUGAUCGGACAGCACCUGAAAAACAUUGGACUGGAGAGAAGCGCUGAGGCUCUGAUGCAGGAAUCCGGCUGUUGUCUGGAGCAUCCGUCUGCGACGAAAUUCCGCAAGCACGUCCUGUCCGGCGACUGGACCAAGGCCGAUCACGAUCUCCAAGAACUGCAGACCAUGGUCGAUCCGAAGGCGGAUCGGGCCGGAAUGAGCGAAAUGAAGUUUCUGCUGCUGGAGCAGAAGUACUUGGAAUUUCUCGAGGAGGGCCGGCCCAUUGAUGCUUUGCAUGUGCUCCGCAAUGAGUUGACUCCGUUACAACACAAUACACCCCGGGUCCAUCAGCUGUCGUCGUACAUGAUGUGCACCAACAAUCAGGAACUCUACCAACGCGCCAACUGGGACGGCAAGGGCGUCAAGUCCCGCACCCGGCUGAUGGACCGUCUUCAGUCGUACCUCCCGGCAACGGUCAUGUUGCCCCCAAGACGCCUACGCACUCUGCUGGCCCAGUCGGUGGAGAUGCAAACCGAACGCUGCCAAUGUCACGAUAUGGCCUGGAGUACCAACAUAGACAACGUGUCGCUGCUGGUCGACCACAACUGCUCGUCCGAGGGCUUCCCGAUGCAGGCCCUGCACGUACUGAAUGACCACUCGGACGAGGUUUGGUUCUGUAAGUUCUCACCAAAUGGCCUGCGGUUGGCCACCGGGUCCAAGGACAAUACGGUCAUCGUUUGGGAAGUGGAUCCCGUCAAGCUGAUCCUGAAGAACAAGCGGACCUUUGAUGGACACACGUAUGGGGUGUCGUUCAUUGCCUGGAGUCCGGACUCGAAGUACUUCAUCGUAUGCGGUCCGGAGGAUUGUCCGGAUCUGUGGAUUUGGGAUGUCGAACAGGAGAAACUGAUCACAAAAGUGUCCCACUCGACGGACGACAGUUUGACGUGUGCCGCUUUCAAUAAGGACGGAACCCGGUUCGUCACCGGUGGCACCCGUGGCCAGUUCUAUCUGGUAGAUCUCGACGGAACGGUUCACGACAAUUGGGAGGGCGUUCGGGUGAACGGACUGGCGUUCCGUUCGGAUAACAAAACUAUUCUAGCUGCCGACACACACUACCGAAUACGGGGUUACAGUUUCGACAACCCCCGGACCGACUACAACGUCGUCCAGGAGCAGUGUCCCAUUAUGACGUUCUCGGUCAACUCGGCGGACCGGUUGGCCCUGCUGAACAUUUCCUCCCAGGGCCUGCAUUUAUGGGAUCUCCAGGACAAGUGUCUGGUUCGUCGCUUCCAGGGCGUAACCCAGGGCAACUACACGAUCUAUUCCUGCUUCGGGGGCGUCAACGAGAGUUUCGUGGCCAGUGGCAGCGAGGACAACAAAGUCUACAUCUGGCACAUCCGCCGGGAGGAACCGCUGGCCACGCUGGUGGGUCAUACGCGGACCGUGAACUGCGUCAGUUGGAACCCGGUGUAUCCGUCCCUGUUGGCAUCGGCCUCGGAUGACGGGACGGUGCGGAUCUGGGGACCGAAGCAGCCCCAGUUAGCCUGGGCCGCCAGCAGUAACAACGGUGAUAGCGCGUCGAUCGCGUCCACCAGCUCCACGGCUUCGUCCUCGUCGACGGCAUCGUCGGCCUCGUCCGGCACGAAUAACGAUCUUAUAUCGAACUCAUCAUGGAAUAUCACAUAAUAUUAGAUUGGGCAGCACGUGGACCCCCUUUGCCCCCUUUUCCCCGAGUAGUGAACGUGUUAAGCAUUAUUAUUAUAUUCGGUUCAACAAUAUAUUAGUGAACACUAAAUUAAGCAAAGUAAUUUAGCGGUAAUAUAAGGAUGAAGAGAAGAUGUAGAAGAAGUAAGAAAAUUCAAACGAAAAAAUGAUAAAAUGAACGUAACAAUAAAAAUCAGAAACGCGAAAAUGAGAAACUAUUAGCAGAACACAAACACACACAUAGACAUAGAGAGAGAGAGAGAGAGGAUACAAGCAGAAAUGACAUGAAUAUGCAAUAUGCUCUAGUGACAGAUCAUAAUCGAACCACCUCGUUUGGUAGAAAGAAGAUAAAUCAUCACAUAAAAAAAGCUUGUAAGAGGGCAAACCCCAACCCUAUUAGAGAUCAAACUAAUCAAACAGCAACAACAACAACAACAACAGCAGAAACACAAUAACAAAUUGGUAUAUUCGCUGCAAUAUUGAUAUUUAAAUUAACCCGGUAGGAGUGGAAAUGCAGUGGGACGGUUAUGUGAUGAUGGUGAUGGAUCAAAGCAAAGUGUGUUUGAUGUUUUCCGAGUCUUUCGCUGUUCAAAUCGAUAAGAAAUUGAUGACUUCUUAAGGGUACGAAUCUACGUGGCACGAGGAAGAUUUGUGCGACUCAGAGUAGGAGUAUUGGUGGACUUGUUGUUAUAUUUUUUCUGUUUUUUUUUUUUUAUUAUUUUGUUUGGUUCUCGUUCAGACCAAUUCAUGAAAUUUGAGCAGAAUGAACUCAAGAGAAUGUUUUAAUCUUUUAGCAAGUACCUAGAUCAAAAGCAAAAGAAGUCAAAAAUACGAAUUUAAAAACGUUCGCAUUCGGUGGUUUCAUUAGAAAAGUUUCUCCCACGUUUGUUUUAUUUUCGAUAAAAAAAAAUUAAAGAACUAUUUACCUUUCAGUUUUAGAGGUGUGGAAAGAGGUGAAUUGUAAUUGCAAUAUGUUGGAGACAAAACCGAGAAAAGGUUACGUUCUAUUUGUGAAGUAGAUAUGAAAUCAGUACGAAGUUAUGUAGAACAUUGAACAGUGGGUAAACCGUGAUGACAGCCUGGUAAAAAUCUGUAUCUUCUAUUGAGUGCAGGUUCUAAAACUUUUGUUCUCCUAUCUGUAAUUGAUGCUCUUCAUGGGGUAAUCACUAUUUUUCUUUAAACAGACAAAAAUUGUGUUGUUAUGAUGACGUUGCAUCGACACGGAUUAGUUUUCUAUAAAAUGAAGUGUGUCAUACAUCCUCGUAAUGUGCUGUGUAAUAUAAACUCUUACAAAAAGUCGCCUUCCUAAAGAAUGAACCUUCAUUGUUUCGUAUUGAUUUUGAAGACCGAUUUUUUCCAUGUCCGCGGUCCCCACGAGAAUCUAUUUAUACACAUUUUUCACUUUCAUUCAUACGCAAUGAAUCACUUAUGAAAGCAAAUAAAAAAAAAACAGAAGUGUUCAACAAGAUUAGAGCAAAAGUACAUAUAUUUUUAGUUGAUGAAUUAUAUUUUUAAUUUAUACACAAAACAGAGGCAAACGUUUGCACCUUUUGUUUGCAAUUUUUUUUUGUCGAUUUUUCUCACCCACAAAAACAAAUCAAUCAUGCGGAAGCCGAGUGUUCUUAGUGAAUUAUUUAUCUUGUUCAUUCGCUUUUGUGGUAUUUUUUGCAAUUGUUUUGUCCCGUUUUCAAAUUAUUUCUCACUUUACUUUUGGUAUAAUAGUGUCUGGCAUUUUUUUUUUCUUUAUCAAAAAGAGAGUACAGUUAGGAUGGCAAGGAGUGUUGGUUGAAGUGGAAGCAAUAUUGCUUUGUACUUUGAAUCUAGUUGUAAGCGCUGAGAAACGAAGAAACGAAGGCGGACGAAGGAGAUGGAAAGCAGUACAGUAGUAGCAAGAAAAGAGUAAUGUGGAUUGUGUAUUUUACUGAAUAAACUUUUAAGCAAAACCGAUUUGGGAUUUAACGAUAGCAAGAAAA